GGUUUGAAGCUUGAUAAUUUUUUCUUUCGUUAUAUUUUGUCGAUUUGCUUUAAUUUGAAUCCAAUUUGGGUAGCUUGCAUUCAUUUGGACAUGUUUGUACUCUGUAUAAAUUAGACGAUUUUGUUUCAAUGCUCUCCAAAUAAUUGAUGGAUUUUUUUUUUCAGAACUUUUUUAUAUUAAUGGGGUGCCUAUUCAGAAGAGAUUUUUAAUCGGAUUAUUUACGCAUUUUAUUUAUUUAUUCUGGUAACCAAGUAUAAAUUAUAUAUCAGAAAUGGUGGUUUUUGAGUUAUAGAAAUAGAAAAUUUUGGACCUCUUCCUUUUGUACUUUUAGAGCACAAAGAUUAUCACUCCUGAUUUACGAAAAAUGCUUCAUAUGUAGGGGAACUUCUUGAUGGGUACAACUGUUCGUAAGAAUUACUCCAAUAUUUUUUUUCCCUUGGUUUUUUCCUCCUAUUUUUUCCCGAGGUCUAUAAUAUUUCAGUUUUUUCAUAUUUCAAUUUUUUGUUUUCCAUGAGUAUUUUAUUGAAAACCUUCAUUUUAUUAUUAUUUAUUUUGAUUGGUGUUGAAAUUGAAAAUCUUCUAACUUGUCUAAUGUGUAUCCAUAGAGAAAUUAUCUAAUGGGAAUCUCUGUUUUCUAACGACUGAUACUGAUUUAAUUUCCUUUUUUUGAUAAUGCUUUUAACAUUUAAUUAUUCCUGGUCCAUUGUGUAUCUAGUUUAGAAUUCCUUCUUUUUUUUUUUUAUUGGCUGAAUGUAGUGUUGUGAUUCUCAAAUUUGGUUUCUUUUUUAUUUAUUUAUAUAACCUGCUUAACCUAUCGAUAGGGAGUUGGAAGAAUCAAGCCAUAAAUUUACCUUUUGGAUGCAAUAAAAGAAGCUUUUUAUUUUUUAGAAGAGCUAUUCUUAUUGAUAAAUGGGAAACAUCUCAUUUGAAUAUUUUUCUCAAGAGAGAGAAUGCAUUCAUGGUUCUUUUAAAAUUGUUGUCAUAGGACAAGAACUGUGCGUUGAAGUCCGGUAUUUGUUUGGUGGCUCUUGGUAUUGAUUCUGCUUCUUUCUUUUUUUUUUCUGAAAGUGAACUUUUCUUUAUUGAUUGCACCAAAAUUUACGUGUAUGGUAUCUUUCUGGACAACUAUUUUUGUUAUUAGGCUUUUGCUGUAGCCAUGAUUUUUAAGGGUGAUGGUCCAAAAUCAUUGGAGCUUUUUGUAGAGAAAGUGGUAUUUGGGGGUUUAUUUGUCUACCCUGAACCUCAUUUGUUUGCCCAAGACUGCAAAUUGGACUUAUCAUCAGUGCUUAAACCCUCUCUCUCUCUCAUUAAAAUUUAGAUGCAUGGGUUGAAUUUCUUCACUCCCCACUUCUUCUUUUUUUUAAUCACAGGCAAUAUGAUUGCUUUAUUAAUUUGUGAUUUCAUUCAUUGCCUUUUGCAAUGUCAAAAUUAUGCACAUGAUUUGUUUGAUGAAUAUUGUUGUUUAAAUCAGCCAUGUCUUGAGAAAUGUUGGUGUGUUUUUCUUCUUGCUUUUCUCAAGAAGGGUGUCUGUUUACUAGGGGAUCAAGAGGGAGAACUUUAUAUAAAUUUGUGGUUUCUUCUCAUUUUUUUGGAAAUAUUUGCCUGGUUUAUUUGCUAGUGGAUUUGCAUCUUAGGCUUCUCUCCAAUCAGCGGCUUAGGUGAAACUUCUGGUACCUGUAAUUUUAUCUUCUGUUGUUCGUGGGGUUAUAAUUUUAGGAGGAGCUAAGCUGAUUUAAGUUAAGCUGAUUUAAGUAUGGAUUUGAAAUCAAAGUGUGAUAAUUGAAUUGCUAACUAUUUUGAAUUAGUGAUCAAUUCUUUCAUGUUUGGACUAGGUUUAAUUCUGGGGUCUCUAGCUGUUGAAUCUCUACAUUCGAUGCAAGUAAUAAUUGUUGGUUUUGCAUACAUGCAUUGCAUGGUAUAUUUUUAUCACCAUUUAUAUACGUUGGUGAAUUUUUAAAAUAUCUAAUGCUACAUUUCUAGUCAUUCAAAGCGUAGCGAGAAUCUUGUAUUCUGUUUGGUUAGUCUGAUUUUAUUUGUUGGCUUCUACAUUGGGAGUGAUAUGGGGUUCUUUGUUUGUUUAUUGCGGGUUAAGCAUUCUAGGCCAAUAAUUUUGUUGCUUUUAUUUUCUUUUUGGUUUGUAUUUUUUUUAUUUUAAACCAAUUGGUAUCUAUUCAUAAUCUUUAUUUGUGAUUUUUAUGUGAUUUUCCUCUGAUUCAUUUUAUUGUGCGUUUCUUUUAGGGUAACUGGAAUACAUAACGGAUAAAAAGAGUGUGCAGAUUGCAGGUAAAGUUUCAGUCUUAUUCUAUCUAUCAAAAAGGACAAAAAAAGGAAGAAGACAGAAAAAUGUUAUCUAGUGAAUCAGAAGAUUAGACUGGGUCAUCAUUUUUUCCAUUAUGCAGCUCAACCAUGGACAUAAUUGUGGAUAAGAAGGGCAAGAGGGUUUCUCCUGAUCAAUUUUCUCAAGGUUUGAAAGAAACAUUCAGGAAUAAGGAGAAUCAUCGACCAUAAUUGAAAGGAACACCUUGUCAUGCUGCCCUCAAUCCACCUUCUCUACUGUCCUAGGAAACUCAGCCUACCCAAAGUUUUAUGAUGCUUGAAUAUAUGUAGGAACAUGAAUAUGAGCUCUCAUGUUUAUCUUCAUCCUUUUUAGCUUUACUGAUCUCAAUUUUAGGGCCUGGAACAUUCGAAAGACUAUUUAUUCAUUGUUUUGCAAUGCAAUUACUCUUAUGGUUUUAUUAUUUUUUCGUUCUUUUCUUUUAUAGUAAAUUAAUGGAAUAUUUCUUCAUUCUGAACUUGAUAGAAUGUGCUUAUGAAGGAAUGGGAGAAGCACAUGGAGAUGUACUCGCGAAGAAAACAGUAUUUGUGACAGUGGGUACCACUUGUUUCGAUGCUCUUGUCCAGGCAGUUGACUCUCAACUAUUAAAAGCAGAAUUGUUAAGAAGAGGCUAUACCAAUCUGCUCAUUCAACUAGGCCGUGGAUCAUAUAUCCCAUCUAAGUCUGCGGGAGAAGAUGGGUCCCUAACUGUUGACUACUUCAGUUUCUCACCAAGCAUUGCUGAUCACAUGAGAUCAGCAUCACUUGUUAUUAGUCAUGCAGGGUCAGGAAGUAUAUUUGAGACGCUACGCUUGGGCAAACCCCUUAUUGUCGUUGUGAAUACUGCUUUGAUGGAUAAUCACCAGAGUGAGUUGGCUGAGGAAUUAGCAGAGAGAAAGCAUCUUCUUUGUGCAUACCCUGAUACACUCUAUGAGACCAUUCAAAACAUGGAUUUGGACACUCUCGUUCCUUACCCCCCUUCAAAUCCAAUGGCAGUUGCUAAGCUUAUGAAUAAGUUUUUUGGCUUCCCUGAGGAUUAAAUUUUGAACAAAAAUCCUGAUAAAAUAACACAGAUAUUGCUGUUAUUGAGAAGAAUUGCCUGCAUUUUCAUCCAAUCUGACCAGAAUGGAAAACCUUGUUGUUGAUCUCUCUCUCAGAAUGAGAUUAAAGAUUUUGAACAAAAUCCUGACAAAAUAACACCAAAAUUGUUAAUAUGGUCGAGAAGAAUUACAUGCUUUUUCAAUCCAAUCUCACUGAAAUAGAAAAAUAUGUUGAUCUC